CCGCCUCCCCCGGUGAGCUGGCCACAUUCUCCGCUCACUUUUCACCGCACUCGGAAGAUUCCAUCUGACGCUGAAGCAGCGCUUACAAACCCCGGGACAACAUGGCAUCAGGUGUUACAGUAGACGACAAAGUGAUCCACUUGUACAAUGACAUGAAGCAGGGGAAGUUUACUGAAACUGCGGAUGGGAAAAAGAUCAGAAAGAAGGCCGUGCUGUUACGUAUCGAUGGCGAAAAGGUCGUUGUUGAUCCAAACAAGGAAAUCUUGUCAGUCGACGGUGACGAGGAGCACGAAGACCCCUUGAAGCGCCUCGUCGACCUAUUACCAGAGAAAGGCUGCAGAUAUGCCUUUUACGACGCCGCAUACGAGACCGAGGAUACCAAAAAGUGCAAGGCCAUCAUCUUCAUCAUGUGGGCUCCAGAUAGCUGUGAAGUCAAAGAGAAAAUGCUGUAUGCGAGCUCCAAAGAAGGCGUCAAAAAGAAGUUUGAAGGAAUCAGACAAGUUUGGCAGGUGAACGGAAAGGAGGACCUCGAUUGCAGCUCGGUGGCGGACAAGCUGCGCGGACAUGGAUCAUGUUUGAAAACCCUGGAGGGCAGAAAGCUGUGAUGUCACGGCGGCGAGCAGAGCCCAGCCAACCGCCGUGCCAUUCAGACCGACGCAUCCCCCCCCAUCCCCCACUUGUUCUGUCAGCCCCCCUCCCCUCCCCAUAGCCCAUUCUUUUUUUUUUCUGUUCUGCUUUGUUAAAUACAGGGAUCUCAUUAAUAUAACGCUAUGCAAACCCUAACCCAGUCUGUUACCACAUGACUUUAGGGUCAUCUCUCUUUCUGAAUUUUGGCAAAAAAAAAAGUCAGUGUGACAAAAGCAGCCCCCCCCCUCCCCAUGAGGGAGGAGACCAUUGGUGUGAAGCUCCGCCUCCCACCACCCACGGGUCAGUUCCACCGAGCUUUUUUCCACGUGACUUUUAUUGUUGUAAGCUGUUUUCGACUAUGCAUCCGCAGCGCAGCGCUUUGUGUUCUCACACUACAUUCUGCCUGCCCGCCCUCACUCUGCCCGUUUUGUCGUCGCCUUACUUCCAUUUUGAAUGUAACCGAGUUGGGGUGCAUUUCUUAUUUUUGGAAAGAAACAUUACAGGACGCAGAUUUCACCCCGGCGUUGAGAAGGCCCCACAACAACAACGACAAACGAACGGACAGAAAGAUGACAUCUGGAGCCUUAAAGCAGAAUUUUGUUUUCUGAGAUCACAGGAAACCACUUUGGGAGUGAUGAUGCUGAGAAAAGGUUUUGCUUAAUGAGCUGAUGAUGUCACGUGAUGUCACAUCUUCUCUUGGCUGUCUGACCAAUCGGCUGAGACCAGCUGAUCGAAAACUCAAAACGCCUUCACUGCUGAGGCAUGAAGUCUGCUUUUCAGUGUGUGAGAAUAAAGCAAAAAACAGAAUUUGAUUUGAUUCCACUUCACUGCGAAAGCAAGACAAUGUGUGCACAAUGAUGGAAACAUGGCUGCGUUAACUCCUCCCUGUUGUUUUCUGUCUCCCCCUACAGCCGAGUUUGUGUCUGACGUGGAGCUGAUGUUCUCAAACUGUAUUCAGUAUAAUCCCCGUCACACCAACGAGGCGCUUGGCAGGCUUGGCCUGCCAAGCCUCCUAAACGUAGGAGAUGCUUCCUGUCCAAGAGCGCUGCCCCUUUUCGUGUUGGACUUGUGAGGACGCAAACACAUUCCAGUAGAAACCAGCAGGAUCAAGCUGAAAACCACAGCACACUUCGCUCAGGGAAAUCAGAGCAGCUGCAAGCAUAGCCCGAGACGGCCAAAACUCCCCUUUGUCGAGGAAAUGCGAUGUUUCCAUUUACAUUACAUCCACAAAUCCACGAGUCAUUUUGUUUGAAACAGGAACGAGAAGUGAUUUAAUGACCUACAGAGCUGUUCAAAAACAGCUGGCAGAUGUUUGUUUUCAGUGGAAAGUUCAGAAGUUAAGUCUUUCUCACUUUCAGACAUCAAAUUUCAAUUUCAUUCACACGAGAAAGUACUUUUGUUUGCGGUUAUUAAAUUUUGGGACUCUCAGGCUUCCGUCACUCAUCAAACUGUGAACCAUAUAGGGCAGCUCCUUCCCUUUAUGUGACCACGCCUCCUUAUACUCAGGCCCCUCCCAUUAGACACAGGCCCCACCCCCUGAUGAAAGGCUUCUUUGAUGAGGGUUGUCUGAAUGAAUAUAUCCAAAGAGAAAAUGACCCCGGAUCUUGAAUUUCCAAAUGUUAAUCAAAUUGAAAGGAGAAGUUGAGUGACCUAAAAAAUCAGAGGCAAUUUUUGAACAAAGGAUGAAACAUUCACACACAGCAGGAAGUGAGUCACUGAGAGUUUCUGUUCCCUUUAUCUUUCACUGAAAAGUUGAACUAACCCUUUAAAAGCCCGAGCUGCUGCAUGGCCUCACUGGAUUUGUAGUAAUUCUGUAUUUUUUCAGUUUCCUGCUGUAGUUGGUUUUGCUGCGUUCUUCUGUUCUGAUGACUGUGUGUGUGCGUUUGUGUGUGUGUUGUUGUUGAAUGGAGGUUGACUGUAGACACAACACUGGAGCCCCCAACUACGGUGAGAGGGGUCCAGCUGCAGACCUCCACUCUCAGGACCCUUCCCUGCAGACAGCUCACCUCCACUCUCAGGACCGGAAGUUGAUGCGAAGCCUUUCAAAAUAAAAGCGAGAAUAUCGGAAUCAUGAAUUUGUACUUCCCCAUGAAAAUACGGUUUAUUUCUUGUGGUUUUAUUUUUAUGUUUGUAAUGUAAAUAUGAUUUAAAAGCAAGUAAACUAAUAGUCUGGUUGCAGACUUCCACUCUCAGGACCCUUCUCCGCAGACAGCUUACCUCCACUCUUAGGACCGGAAGUUGAUAGAAAAUCUUUCAAGAGAAAAAAAAAGCGAGAAUAUCGGAAUCGCCUAUUUUUCAUUCCCCACGAGAUUACGGUUUAUUUUUGGUGGUUUUAAUUUUAUGUAUGUAAUGUAAGUAUGAUUUAAAAAAGAAUGUGCCAACACAGUCUGGUUGCAGACCUCCACUCUCAGGACCCUUCCCUGCAAACAUCUCACCUCCACUCUCAGGACCGGAAGUUAAUAGAAAUAUGAAAAGGCAUGACUAUGAUCAUGAGUACUGUCAUGAUCCCCUUAAAACAGUAUCUGCGUUAGUUUACUGCAGAUAGUAUUUUGAUGUAAUUGACUAUAUGGACAGCUGUUAGACUGCAUUACAUACUUUUUGAAACAAUACAUCUGUGUAAAUGAAAAAACUCUUCUACACUGAAACCUAUUUGAGUUGUCUUUGCUUCAAUAGCAUUAUUGUAAAUGUACAGUUUCCUGCAGUGUUGCAGCUUUUAACAUUGUUUUAAUUCAACUAAUUUCAUAUAGGCAUAUGUUUAUACGUAUAUAUAUUUUGUAUAGCGUUUACAAUUCUUACACCUCAUAAUUCAUCUAAUAAGUCCUCCAUAUUGUUUGUGCUGUUCUUACCUUGUGUUGUUGGACCACAUGGAUUUGUCACUGGAGGAUGUGAGGACUGAUUAAGUUGUGUAUUCAAUUCACUGGAUUACUGAAUAUCUAGUUGCAUGAUCUAGAUUGCCUAUAAUCCCUGUUCAGGAGAAAACAGACACAAAACAAACUUCCAAUUUGUUUUAUUUUUCUUUGCGCUCGCAGUAUGCUAUGUACCCUCCUUUGUCCAUGAUCUCUUCACAAAAGACACACAUAUCUCAAAUGUUGUAUAACAAAAACUUAAAAAGC